AUGCUAAAUCACAUCAUUGUUAACGCGUACAACUUGUGGGUCGUGGUUUUUGCUGCCAUAGGCACAAUCUCCACGGCCUAUGGCCUUGCCAUCAUCGGUUCGACCGUGGGACAACCUAAUUUUUAUUCGUACUUUGGCCUCGCGACUGCAAGCGAGCCCGGAUACAGCCACACAACAAAUAUCAUCGCCGCCCUUAAUGGCGUCAAUUCGGGUGGUGCUAUCGUGGGAUGCGUCGUAAAUGUAUGGAGUGCCGAAAAAUUUGGUCGUAAAUGGACCAUGAUAGGAGGAUGCGUUGUUCUCAUCAUAGGAGGUGCUCUCUGUUCCGGUUCCGUCAAUAUUGCCAUGUUUAUCGUUGGACGUGGGAUUGCCGGUCUUGGUUCUGGUAUCCUAGCUUGUGUUGUACCCAUGUAUCAAGCAGAAGUCUCGACUCCAGAGACACGCGGAGCGAUGGUGUCCGUUACAGGAAUUGCAUAUGCUCUCGGAUACUGCCUUGCUGGCUGGCUUGGAUAUGCCUGUUCCUUCAUGUCAGGAUCUGACAAGCAUGCUCAAUUCGCCUGGAGAUUUCCAUUAUCCUUUCAGUGUUUUUUCCCCCUCCUGUUCCUCAUUGGACAAAGGUUUGUCCCGUAUUCUCCUCGCUGGCUUCUCUCCCAAGGGCGUCGUGAUGAAGCCUUCUCCGUUUUAUGCAACUUGCACAAAACCAAAAGUGACCCUCAUAAUAUCCGGGCUCGCGAGGAAUUCUAUCUCAUCGAGAAGCAAUAUGAAAUGGAUGCUAGCCUUCCAAACGGCUGGUUCGAACUCUUUCGUACCCCAUCAAACAGGAAGCGAGCUCUUAUGGGAUUUCUUUUAAUGUUCGGAAAUCAGUUUUUGGGAGUUUACGUGAUGGCGAACUAUGGGGUACUGAUCUAUGCACAACUUGGUGAAGGCGGCUCCAUCCCUCUUCUGCUGAAUGCCUGCUGGACCACACUUACUAUCAGUCUGUGGUUUGUUAAGACGAAGUUUGACAGAUUUAGCUACGUGUCAGAGAUUUUCCCCAACCAUCUCCGAUCUGCUGGUGUUGCUCUCGGUCUAGCAUCCUUUUAUCUUGCAUCUGAGGUCACACUUGUUGCAGCUCCAAUUGCCAUGAACAAAAUUGGAUGGAAGUUCUACCUUGUUUUGAUCUGUCCCAGCUUCUUCUACAUCAUCGUAAUGUAUUUCCUGUUUCCAGAGACUAAAGGAAGGACACUGGAGGAAAUUGGAGCAUUGUUUGGCGAUACACAUGUCGCAAACAAGUGGUACGAUCUCAGCCCUGAGGAACGGGCCAAGAUCCACGAAAAAGCACUGCAUCUCAACGAAAGUGGAAAAUAUGACGAUGAGAACGUGGUGUCGGACAACAAAGCUAUCGAUGAUGUUAAAGGAUCUGCCGUACAACAGAUCGAUAGAGCAAACUAG